AUGGCUACCAAGCUAAACGCAUUCCUGGCCUCCGUGCCCGCUAACGCCAAUGUGUCUAGCCCGCCAAAUUCAGCAUCGGCCGUGCUGGACUUUUCACAACUGGAGUCCACGGUGGCACCCGAGAACGUCGGCCCCAUCUCGCUGACCACGCUGCAAUCGCCGAUGACGCGUCAUCGUCACUUGUCGUCGCAGCGUACACACAACGCGAGCCCGAAGCUUUCGGUAGACUCGACCAUCCUCAGCCAAAAACAGGACCGACCUGAGGACGACAGGAACUUGGCACAGCCAUCAUUGCUUAAAACUUUUAUGGCGACCCAGGCGGCUGCGGCCAAAAUGAAGGUGCAAAUGAAGACACAUGAUGUGCCGGUGCCUGAUCUUAGGCGAAGAAGCAGCAGUACGGAUUUGGACACCAAGACGGAGGCGGGUCCCCUGCGCAUGACCAGUAUGCAGGGCUCGCACCGCCGUCGUGUAUCCACUGACACGACGCUUUUUAACCGCUAUUUACGACAACAAGCAGAUCGCGAUAUCAGCCACGAAACAGUGCAGCACUUUGCCAACGUACCUAUUAUAACUGCCACUGCAGCAUCGCCCGACGCACUGGGGAGCGAGAUGGUCGUAGACAACAACGCCGAGAUGGAGAACGCUGUGCACAUGAUGGUACCCGAAGAAAUUCUGGCUGUUUUUGGACUGGGAGGUACGAUUCCUGUGUCUAGUGCGCUGGAGAUUAUACGACGUGGUACAAUGCUUAUGUCAUUGGAGCAGAAUGUCAUCUCUUUACGUGCACCGUACACUCUCGUGGGCGAUCUCCAUGGCCAAUUCCAAGACUUGUUGGAGCUCUUCCGCGUACACGGCUCUCCGGCUGUAGACAAUCCGUUUCUGUUUCUUGGAGAUUAUGUAGAUCGCGGUAUUUCUUCUUGCGAAAUAAUUUUGUUGCUGCUGGCAUAUAAGAUAGCUUUUCCCGAGAGCGUGCAUUUACUGCGUGGUAACCAUGAGUGCCGGAGUUUGAGUACGUUCUACGGAUUUCGAGUCGAAUGCCUCCAGAAAUAUGGGCCUGUGGUGUAUAACCGCAUGAUCAAAUGCUUUGAAAGCAUGCCACUGGCCGCACGACUCGAGACUGCUCACGGCACAUUCCUUGCCGUACAUGGCGGGCUGUCACCGGACAUCGUCUUUGUGGAGGAUAUUAACGGCCAAGUGAACCGCUUUAUGGAGCCAGAACCGAACGGAGCUCUAUGUGAUUUGUUAUGGUCAGAUCCAGCUAAGGGUGAGGCACAGAAGCAUGAGUGGGCACCUAAUGGCAUUCGUGGCUGCUCUUUUACGUUUAACGAGCACGCGUGCCGCGAGUUUUUGCGCCGUAAUAAUCUCCUCGCUGUUAUCCGCGCUCACGAGCUGGCAGAAGACGGCUACAAAGAACAUUUUCGUCACGAAGCAGACCGAUUAGAAGAGAACAAGGCUGGAGACUUGGUUUUGCCUGCGGUUGUGACGGUGUUUUCAGCUCCAGAGUACUGUAACACAAAUCACAACGUUGGAGCGACUCUAAAGAUUCCAUGGGAAAAGCAAAAUGGCCGCCUGCUGCAAUACCAGCAGCACAAGCGCAGUCAGUAUCUCGAGUUUGAGUUCACUAGCCCGAGCGAAGAUGAGGCAGUCACGGCAUUCUUGGAAAAGAAUCUACCGUUCUUGCCGAUUGACUUUUACGAUUUGGUCAAUGUGUGUCGACAAUUGCGGUCCACGCUUAAACGGGCAGCCAGUACUACGUCGGAUUCGUCUCUAAAGUUGUCGUUGGUUUCUUCGCUGUGUGCACCAUCUACAGACCCUGAAACAAAGAUCAAGGAAGACGUUGAGCUCUUCGUGGCCUCGCCUAGUUCAGCUUUGGCAACUGGUGCGAAAGGCAAGGACAACGAGCAUAGCGCUAGGGGCGCUUGCGAGGUAGUUGGCGAAUCGUUGCAGGAUUGGGAACUCGUUGCGGAAACAAAAUGUAUUGAGGGUGCAAACGCCAGGAAGCUGGAGAAAGACAUGAAGACUGAGAAAAAGGAGAAAAAGUUAAGGGAGAAGCUUGAAAAGAAGAAGCAAAAGGAGAAGAAGUGGAUCACAAAUCGAAUCGUGAGUGGCUGGAAGUUUUGUCCUGGAUUCGUGCGCCUCUACGACCGAUAUUUCGCCCAUGACAGUGUGAAUAAGUGCGGGCCAGAGAUUGCUUCCCCUUCAAGCCAUUUAGGCAAGAGGGUACCGUGGAUACCUUCUUUAAAGCGCUCAACUUCCACUCAUGAGGCCGUAACGGAAAGUGGUACUAACGACACUGUUACGGAAACUAGUGGUCGGGUUCGACGCAAGACUAUGACGGACUGGAUACCAAUGCCUUCUUUCGAGCGUGUGGCGCAACUUACCAACACCCUUCAGGGUCACAUUCCUGUUCAGGGAAGCGGCAUUAAUGUAUUUACGAAGGCGCAAUGGCAAGCCUUAAAGCUGUGUUUUUCGAUCCUGGACCUCGACGGUAGUGGUGUUCUCGUGGAAGAGAGCUUUGUUGUUCUUCUCGCCGAACAAGAUACCGAUGCUUACGCGACCGAAGAUGAGUUGAGUCUUUUGAUGGAAGUCAUGGACUGCAAUGCAGAUUGUAUGAUUACUGAGCAAGAUUUUUUGCUAUUCGCAUACCGCGCUUUGCUGCGGUGGAAAAGGGCUCUGCACGGUUCUGGUAAGUAG